CACCUAAAGGAGACCGGACACGCUCCACAGCUCCACGCGACGCUCAUGAUCACAAACACCAGCCGGAAGCUCGUUCUGAAUCCAGCUAAAAUAUAUUUUCACGUAUAGGGAGCUGUAAACAAGAGGACAGAGAUAUGACGUUAAAACCACGAGUCACCUCCUGAUAGAACAUCAGCAGAGAGUUUUCACAAGACAAGAUGAUCAACCCACGGAGGAAAAAACGUCAUGACUUACAUACUGCUGGGACUACGCUCUUCUGGACAGAGAUCUCGGAUGUUGUUCCUGGGAGCUGCUGGAGCCACUACCCCAGCUUGGGGGUCACUGCACCGAGCACUCUGAUUACCACUGGGACCACUGUUGCCUUCACUCUCCACAUCUUCUCCAGCUCUCUCUCUACCCUUGAUGCAAACCCCAUAAUCAAGGAGAGCGUAGCUAAGCAGCUGCUCCGUACCAAGAGGCAGGACCGGCCAAUGAAGGCUGGCUACCCCGAUGAGCCAAUGAGGGAGCAUCUGCUCCACAUGCAGGCUCUGGAUCUGAGGGCCCGGGAGACCAACUUGGAGCACUGGCUGAACCCUCAUUGCUACCCACGCUGCGACAGAAACUAUGGACACCCGGUUUAAAAGUAAAAGGCCUGCUGUGACUGACUGACUGACCGUGGACUGAAGCUGGAGUCUCUUUUCUCAUUAUCUUUCAAUCUAAUGACCAAAAUAUGCAUGUGUUGUAUUAUUUCUAGAGUUAAUUCUUUGUAAUUUGCUCCUUUACUCCUUUAUUUCUGUAGCUGCACAGACUGAAAUUUGUUAAUGAAUAAAA